GGUUUAAUGCAGCAUCAUGAAGAAAUUGUAGAAUAUUUCAAUACCAAGGGCGUUUCAUUGAUUUUUCUCUUCAGAAGAAAUCUUCUGCGCAGGAUGAUUUCAAUUCUUUCAAACUCUUACGAUCAAAAUGCUAAGCCACUGAACGGAACACAUAAAUCUCAUGUGCAUUCAUCCCAUGAGGCAGAAAUACUUGCAAGUUAUAAACCUACAAUCGAUACAACACUGCUGAUCCGCAAUCUGAGGCAAGUAGAGGAAAUGACUGCCAAAGCUUUAGAAUACUUCAAGAGCACCCAACACAUUAUCCUAUACUACGAGGACAUAAUAAAAAAUUCCACCAAAUUGAAGGAUGUCCAAGAUUUUCUGAGGGUUCCACAGAGGGAUCUGAAGAGUCAGCAAGUGAAGAUACACAAAGGUUCAUUGUCCCAACACGUUGAGAACUGGGAUGAUAUCCAGAGAGCACUCUACGGAACGCCAUAUGAAAGCUUCCUCCAUUCAGAUUAUAACAUGUAAAACUUGCGUGCGCCCAGAGACACCAGAGACACCUGGUAGAUCUAGUAUGGAUGUGGAUAAUGAUCCAUUUUUUCAUUUUUUGGAAGCAAAUUAUUUUACAAAAGCUUUUGUAAUACAAGUUGGUCUAGUUGAUAAGAACAAGGCUAUGUGUGACUUUUGGCUGGUGUUGAUUUUUGCUGCCAUAGGACUGCUGAUUUUUUGGUUGAGAAUUGUGAAUUUAAUUUUUGAAUAUGUUAUUUUGUGGGUAAUGAUGAUUGGAUAUUAAAUUGAAUAGGAAAGUGAAAUAAUGUUGCAUUUAUUA